CAAUAGCUCUGUGUUUGUAUGUAGUUGAAAGGAGUAAGGCGCACUAAAAUGUUAUUUAACAUCGGAAACUGAGUUUAUUUUGAGAAGAUGGCUGAAAGGAAGGCCGUGAAUAAGUAUUACCCUCCUGACUGGGAUCCAGCAAAGCAGGGCUCUGUGAAUAAGAGAGUUGGCCAGCACCCGCUCAGAGAUCGAGCUCGUAAACUUAGCCAAGGCAUCUUGAUUAUCAGGUUUGAGUUGCCUUACAACAUCUGGUGUGAUGGUUGUAACAACCCAGUUGGGAUGGGCGUAAGAUACAAUGCUGAGAAGAAAAAAGUGGGCAAUUAUUACAGCACACCCAUUUACAAGUUCCGCAUGAAAUGUCAUCUGUGUGAUAGCCAUUUCGAAAUACAGACGGACCCAAAGAACCAUGACUAUGUUGUUGUGUGUGGAGCCAGACGAAAAGAGCAGCGAUGGGACCCUCAUCAAAAUGAGCAGAUUGUUCCAGAGGACAAGGCUACCCAGAAAAAAUUGGCCACUGAUGCCAUGUACAAACUGGAGCAUGGAUCUGAUGAUCAGCAGAAGAGCAAAUUAGCUCGCCCGAGCCUCGGACAGCUGCAGGGAAGCAGGGGACAGUGGAAGGAUGACUAUCUGCUCAACAAACUUGCUAGGAACAAGUUUAGGUCAGAAAAGAAGGCUAUUCAAGCAAAACAAGCCGGUGAUAAAGGUUUGCUUCAGAAGUCAUCACUGGAUAUAACUCUGGUAGAGGAGACAGACGAGGAUAUCCAGCUAGCUGGAUUACUCAAGUACAGGACAACAGAGUCUUUUGAUGAAACACAGAGACGGAAAAGAAAAGAAAUAGAGAGCAGGCCAUUCUUUGGUGAACGUGGUACAUCACAAGUUGGCACUUCGUCCAUCCAGUCUCUGCCAAAGAGCAAAAUAACACCAGAGGGUAAAAUUGAAGAGCAGAAAAAAAGACUAGGAAUUGUGAUCAGCAGUCAGACACCAAGCCCAUUCAGUGAAAGACAACAAAAGCAAUUUCGUCAACCCUCUGUAACUUUGAUUAAAUCUUCCAUUCCAAAAGAAACCACUGAACAGAAACUGGAUUUGAACCUGGCCAAAACUGUCAGGUCACAUCAGCCUGGUAAUGAGGACAUAUCUGAUAGGAACCAACAGAGCAGUGCAUUACGUUCUCUUAUAUCUGAAUAUGCUGAAAGUGAUGAAAGUGCUGAAAACUAAAACCAAAGGUAUUUAUAUGAAAAUAAAGGAUGUUUUUUGUUAAUGGUGCCCUUGUUCUGGCUUGUACAUGUAUGUGGUUAUGUGAUUUUCUUACUGAAAGGAACAUAAUAUAGCCGAUAUCACGCAUUGGAUUUAUACUUUGAAUAAGGGAUUAUUCUUCUGUGCUUGGGAAUAGUCCAGCUACCAGACAUUGAUUCCACGAAGGCCGUAAAAAUCUGAAAUCUGAUUUUUACGAAAUUAGGAACACUUAAGAAUUGUUCUGUUAAGAUAAAAUUAAAUCAGAGUGACU